UGUCACAUUCUGUGGUGAAGUCAGUGAAGCUAGCCAGGAUUUAUAAAGGCUGCCCUGACACUCCCACCACUCCCUCUGCCAACCAGUGGGAGGACUGUCACUACCAAGUCAGGACUUCACUCUCUUCACUUUCUCCCAGCAAAGUGGCAUUCAUCAUUGCCUACUAGCAGCUGAAAGAGAAAGCCAGGUUGGACUGGACCAAGGUAGACCGCUCUCCUACGGAGCCAUGUUGCUGUGGUCAUUAUGGAGUGCAAUAUUGCUACUGACCCCCCUGAAGGCUGCAGAAGAUGAAGAUGUCCGUGCAGGCUGCAGCACAGCUGUAAAUGACCUGGUCUAUAUUGUUGAUGGCUCAUGGAGUGUUGGCUUCUCUGACUUUGACACGGCCAAGCAGUGGCUUAUCAACAUCACCAGCCAAUUUGACAUCAGUUCCCACUACACACAGGUGGCUGUGAUUCAGUACAGUGACACUCCUCGUCUGGAGAUUCCUCUGGGGAAACACCAGGGUGGAGGGGAGCUCAUCCAGGCCAUACAGAGCAUCACCUACCUGGGAGGAAACACACAGACUGGCAGGGCCAUCAAGUUUGCCGUGGACCACGUCUUCUCUUCCUCCCAAAGAUCCAGCCAGGUCAAGAACCGCAUCGCUGUGGUGGUUACUGAUGGCAAAUCUCAGGAUGACGUGGUGGAUGCCAGUAUGGAGGCACGAGCUCAGGGCAUUACAGUAUUCGCUGUUGGAGUUGGCAGUGAGAUCACCACAUCGGAGCUUGUAUCCAUCGCCAAUAGACCAUCAUCCACCUAUGUCCUGUAUGCCGAAGAUUACACCACCAUUGACCGUAUUCGAGACUCCAUGGAGCAAAAGCUCUGUGAAGAGUCUGUGUGUCCAACACGAAUCCCGGUGGCAUCUCGUGAUGAGAAAGGCUUUGAGCUGAUGCUGGGCAUGAACAUUCAGAAGAAGGCCAAGGAGAUCCCUGGCUCUCUGAUUUCUGAGGCAGCCUACGCACUGACUGUCUCCACAGACAUUACUGAGAAUACCAGGGAUAUUUUCCCAGAAGGCCUCCCUCCAUCCUAUGUGUUCGUAGCAACCCUGCGUCUAAAGGGGUCUUCGAGCAUGCUGACUUUUGACCUUUGGAGGGUGCUGUCUAAAGAUAAGGAGAUCCAGGCUGCAGUGACACUAAAUGGGAAGGACAAAACUGUCAUCUUCACCACCACCACCAGUAUUACAGAAAAGGAGCAGAGAGUCACCUUUAAAUCCGGCUUUCAGACUCUGUAUGAUGGAAAGUGGCAUCAGCUCAAACUCCUGGUAAGACCACAUCAGGUCUCCAGUUUCCUUGACGAUCAGCCUCUCCAGGAUAUAAUGCUGAAACCGGUGGAGCCUAUUUACAUCAACGGGGAGACACAGGUUGCUAAAAGGCGAGGAACAGACAUCACUGUGCCUGUGGAGAUUCAGAAGCUGCGUCUGUACUGUGAUCCUCAUCAGAGUGAGAGAGAGACAGCUUGUGAGAUUUACUCUGUGGAUGAUGAAAGGUGUCCUCUGAAUCGAACAGCCACAGUGGAGGAAGAAGACUGCAACUGUGCCGUCAGUCCACAAGGGCCGCGCGGCCUGCCAGGACCCAUGGGUUUCCGAGGCGAGAAAGGGAUGGAAGGACCACCGGGACCUGAUGGUAAGCCUGGUAAAGAUGGGAAACCUGGGGAAUCUGGCCCUCCUGGAUUACCAGGGAUGAAGGGUGAAGGUGGCCCCGAAGGACUAAGAGGGGAGCCCGGUCUAAAAGGUAACAAGGGAGACAGAGGGGAACCAGGCUUAUCAGGAGAACCAGGACCCCCAGGACCCAAGGGUCUUCCUGGUGAGAGAGGCGAGCUAGGGCCUCCAGGACAAGCUGGACCAAUGGGGGAGCCAGGACUACCAGGCACCGGCGGACAAAUUGGGCCACCAGGACCAAAGGGGGAGAAAGGAUUCAGUGGUACUGCUGGAGCUGCUGGAGCUCAAGGCGCCCCGGGUGUCCAGGGACCUCCUGGCGAAGCUGGCCCAAAGGGACAUCAGGGAGAGAGAGGCUUGCCUGGGCCACAAGGACCACCUGGACUAAAUGGAACUCUGGGAAUCCAGGGCCCCCGGGGGCCGCCCGGAGAGAUUGGCCAAGAUGGUCCCAAGGGGAAGUGUGGAGACCCAGGGGUCACUGGUCCUAUUGGUCCACCAGGCCAGAAGGGCUCAGGAGGGGAGUCAGGUUUUCCAGGGCUGCCGGGUGCCAUGGGGAUGCCGGGGUUCAAAGGUCACAAGGGGGAGAGAGGUGAGACGGGCUCUAAAGGACACCAGGGGGAGCCAGGCAGAGAUGGAGAUCCAGGGACUCCUGGUGUACCUGGUGAAGUGGGACCCAUGGGAAGAAAAGGAGAGACAGGAGUGACAGGUGACGUAGGCCACAGGGGGCCUGAAGGAAAGAAAGGGGACAUGGGCCACAUGGGUGCUGUUGGCCCCAGGGGAUUUCCUGGUCAUGAUGGGAUUCCGGGCCAACCAGGCCAACCAGGAUAUCCUGGGAAACCCGGCAAGCCUCCCUCAGAUGAACAUCUUCUAAAGCUCUGCACUGAUGUUCUGCGUAAUCAACUCCCAGCACUGCUCCAGACCCUGGCCCCCCCAGCUAGGUGUGAACCAUGCCAGAGCAUGAAGGGACCCGCGGGCGAGCCAGGAGCCCCAGGACCCAAAGGCUCCAUGGGCACUCCAGGCUACCCUGGCAGGAGUGGCACUCCCGGUUACCCAGGACCUUCUGGAAUGCAGGGCCCUGCAGGCCUCAAAGGUGACACAGGACCGAGAGGGCUCAAAGGCAGCAAAGGAGAAGGUUACCGUGGACCUCCUGGAACCCCUGGACAGCCAGGGAUUCAGGGUCCUCGUGGCUUCGAUGGAAUCGGCCAUCCAGGAAACCAGGGAAUUCCUGGAAAACCAGGACCACCAGGAGAUCCUGGUAAACGGGGCAACCCAGGGCUUCCAGGGGUUUGUGAUAUUUCCAUGUGUUAUCAGACGUACAACGUCAGGGAACAUUACAGCAAAGGACCCAACGUCUGAUGACACAGCAGUGUGGGAGAGGCUGCUGUUGAACACCCCAAAGUGUUUUAAGGAAAUUUACUGUAUCACUGAUAUACAGAGAUGUGUGACUGUUGACUCCUUUAUGACAAAGUGUGUGUGGGAACAGCUGCAAUGGAGGCAGAAAUAACCCUGUUAGUUGAGUUAAAUUGAAAUAAGUGAAAUAGGCAGGGCAUUGAUUUAUGAUUAUGGAUGGAUUCAUAAUCAAAGGCGGUCAGCAGGCUAGUGACCUAGUUUACUAAGAUAUCAGGCUAACAUGGCUACUUUACACUUUAAACUGAGUUGUGUUGUUUUUUGUGGAAAUAGCAAGACAACUAGGAUUUGAAAUAACAUAAAAAGAAAUAGCUACCUCCUCCUUUACCUGAGCUACUCUAUGUUUGAGUCAAUAUUACUGAAGGCUUUGCUAACAAGACAGGAUGUUUACCGGCUAACAUCACCAGCAGUCCCAUCACAUUUUUAACACAACACGCAUGGACAGAAAACAGACAUAUCUUCUCAAGAAAAUGAAUAAAAUAUAAAUGAAUAAAAAAAAGAAGAGGUCUUAAUGCAUUUCAAAAAGCCUAAUAAGACCUCCUAUGUGGGCUAAUG